UGGGUUUGCCACUGCCAUGGGUUCAUAGCAUGUCCAGUAUGUUCAACAAUUUCAGGAGAGCAUAUUCCCUUAAUUUCCUGUUUCAUAACCGGAGGCGGACUGACAACUCAUGGGGCCCCCGGGCAAUAGGGGAUCAUGGGGCUCCUGUGUCCUUGCCCAAACUCAAAAAAGCCUAUGAAAAAGGUACCUGGGCAUCUUAUGGGCCCCCUACUGACCCGGGCCCCCGGGCCCUCGGGCAGUGCCCGAGUUUCCAAAUGGUCAGUCCGCCCCUG